AUGUGGGCGACAGGCGCGAACAAGACGAGCGAUCCUACGGGCGCACCGGUGGCACGUUGGGUCUCGAUUGUCGUACUAGUGCGCGAAGCGAGAGCUGAGUCUGUGUCUGAUUUCGGGCCGACACGGAGGCAAACACCGCAACUGAAAGCCAAUUCGGGGCCAGCAGACAGGACGGUUCUUGGACAGGAGAUGGGAAACUCGGGCAAGAAAUGGGAAACCGCCAGGGAGCAGACGACGGAUUCUCAAGGGCAGGGAGAAAAGAGCAUGAUGAGCCAUGCCCUGGUCGACGAAGACGCGCACCAGAAAACGGCACAUGCCUUCGUCCUGUCGAAACAGCCAUGGCCGCGGUGGGCUCGACGGCCAUCACGGCUGAGACUAGCAAAGGAUCCCCAUGCACGGCCGAUGGCUGCGAUGGACAAGAAUGUGGCGAUUGGCCUUGCAAUCGACGAUCGUGUUGCAGGAGCCAUGCACUCGAUUUCCAAAAUGUGGCUAGUGCCGUCAUUGCUUGGCUGGUGGGCUGGGUAG